CUUUGUCGGACAAUAACGGUGUAACAAGAAACACGUUCUUCCAAAAUUAAUUUUGACACAAAACAGAUAUGUCAGAACAAGAUAAUGACAAUAUUGAGGACUUAGUGGAAGAAAUAUCACCUGAUGAUGUCGUUGAAAUUAUUGAACUUGACGAUAAUGGAGUUGUCGUAGAUGCCAUGGAUGAUGUUGAUAUUGAUGAUGAAAGUGAUGAGGAAGAUAUGGAAGGAGCCAGUGGAGGUGAAGAGAUCAAGGACAUGGCAGAGCUGGUGUUUGACAAACAUACAGAUGCUGUAUUUAGCGUGAGUAUAGACCCACAGACAUGUGAUCUUGCGGUGACUGGAGGACAAGAUGAUAAGGCAUAUGUGUGGAAGUUGUCAACUGGUGAGGUGGUGUUUGAAUGUACAGGUCACAAGGACUCUGUUACAUGUACAGGGUUUAGCCAUGAUGGUGUUUACGUGGCAACGGCAGAUCUCUCAGGACUUGUAAUCGUUUGGAAAGUUGCAACAAAAGAACUGGUGUUUACCUUCGAAUGUUCAGAUGCUGAGUGGAUGAAGUGGCAUCCUGCGUCACAUGUAUUGUUUCUGGGCACUGUGGAUGGAGAUGUGUGGAUGUGGAAGAUACCUAGUGGGGAUUGUAAAACAUUACAGAGUCAUGGUUGUACAGCCUCCUGUGGGGUCGUCCUUGCCGACGGGAAAAGAAUGUGUGUAGGUUAUGAUGAUGGUUCAAUAAAAUUGUGGGACCUCAAAUCAGGAACAGUACAGCAUACUGUCACCGGUAAUUUAGCACACAAGUCUACAGUGUUGUCAUUAGAUGUAAACCCACUAAAUAAUCUGAUAAUUUCUGGGUCGACAGAUGUCACUGCUAAAGUUAUAAAUGGAGCAACAGCUAAGGUUUUAGCAACAUUUGACUGUUCAUCGCCAGGUGCAGAGGAAAAUUCUGUUGAGGCUGUAGGAUUUUCACCCACGCAUGCAUUUGCAGCAACAGGAACAGUGGCAGGGGUUUUAAGUAUAUGGGACACUAACACACAGAUCUGUAGACAUAGAUGUCCCCAUGAUGCUGGUAUAGUAAGCUUACAGUGGGACAAGUUAUCUCCCUUAGUGUAUACAAGUUGUCUAGAUGGCGCUGUACGGCUAUGGAAUGCUAGAAAUGGAGAGCUUACAUCAACAUGGACAGGACAUAAAGAUUCUAUUCUUGGAUUUGAUAUCUCAAAGGAUGGUAACUGGUUGGUGACAGUUUCAGAAGAUAAGACAGCAAGAGUGUUCUCCCUUAGUUCUCCGGACAGAUGACUUGAAUGUACAUCUACAAUAAAAACUUAAGCAAAUGUGAUAUAAUAUGAAAUAUGGAUUAUGCAAAUUGCAAUAUGUAAAACCGAAAUAGUUUUAAGUUGUCAAAGGAAUUGAUUUGGAUAGAGUAUUUUUCAUGUCACUUUUAUGAUAAUGACCUUGUUUGCAUUAUUUUGUGCGAGUCAGUCACUCUGUCAGUAUCAGCGAGUUUUGGAGAAAAUAAACAGAGAAAAUAAGCAGUAAUGAAUAUUAUCCAACCAACAGUAGUUUAUUAUACUAAAGAAGUUUAUAGUGUUAAAGUAUGAAUGUGUCUCUGCACUGUCAGUUAUCCCAUAGAAAAUCUGUAGUGAUUUUUUCACUGUACUAACUAAGCAAUAACAUAUUUUUUAGCUCACCUGUCACAAAAUGACAAGGUGAGCUUUUGUGAAUGCGCAGUGUCCGUCGUCCGUCUGUGUGUGCGUCCGUAAACUUUUGCUUGUGACCACUCUAGAGGUCACAUUUUUCAUGGGAUCUUUAUGAAAGUUGGUCAGAAUGUUCAUCUUGAUGAUAUCUAGGUCAAGUUCGAAACUGGGUCACAUGCCAUCAAAAACUAGGUCAGUAGGUCAAAUACUAGAAAAACCUUGUGACCUCUCUAAAGGCCGUAUUUUUCAUGGGAUCUAUAUGAAAGUUGGUCUGAAUGUUCAUCUUGAUGAUAUCUAGGUCAAGUUCGAACAAGGGUCAUGUGCGGUCAAAAACUAGGUCAGUAAGUCUAAAAAUAGAAAAACCUUGUGACCUCUCUAGAGGCCAUAUUUUUCAAUGGAUCUUCAUGAAAAUUGAUCUGAAUGUUCACCUUGAUGAUAUCUAGGUCAGUUUCGAAACUGGGUCACGUGCGGUCAAAAACUAGGCCAGUAGGUAUAAAAAUAGAAAAACCUUGUGACCUCUCUAGAGGCCAUAUUUUUCAUGAGAUGUUCAUGAAAAUUAGUGAGAAUGUUCACCUUGAUGAUAUCUAGGUAAAGUUCAAAACACCUUCGAAAACUAGGUCAGUAGGUCAAAUAAUAGAAAAACCUUGUGACCUCUCUAGAGACCAUAUUUUUCAAUGGAUCUUCAUGAAAAUUGGUCAGAAUUUUUAUCUUGAUAAUAUCUAGGUCAAGUUCAAAACUGGGUCACAUGAGCUCAAAGACUAGGUCACUAUAUCAAAUAAUAGAAAAAACGACAUACUCAAAACUGGGUCAUGUGGGAAGAGGUGAGCGGUCCAGGACCAUCAUGGUCCUCUUGUUAUUUAAUGUUAUAGCUUUGAAUUGCACAGGGCACUCAACACUGUGGUAAGUAAAACCUGAAAACUGAAUCAUUUGUUUGAAGCCCACUACAUUAUACAUGACAAGUACAUGGAAAUGACUUCGGUUUUUAGCUCGACUAUUCAAAGAAUAGUCUAGCUAUUCUACUCACCCAGGCGUCAUCAUCACACCUUUGUUAAAGAUUUGCAUGCAAGUACAUAUGGCUAUCAUUUAAAGGCGUAUAGCUUUGAAACUUAUUUUUUCUUUUACUAAGUCAGUUACCAACCUCACUAGAUCAAGUCCUAUAACUCUGACAUGUAUUUUGGCCAAAAUAUGCUCCCUUUUGGACUUAAAAAAUCCAGGUUAAAGUUUUGCGUGCAAGUUACUACAUGUAUCUCCAGAACUAAUGCAGAUAUUGAAUUGAAACUUCACAUGUGUCUUCGGGGUUAUAAAACUAGGUUACUAUCUCCAAAACUAGUGCAGAUACCGGAUUGAAACUCUAUAGAUAUUUUAACAUUUAGGGUAAUAUUCCUGCUUCUGGGACAUCAAUUUGAAUAGUCGAGCACUGGCUGUCUUACAGACAGCUCUUGUUAUGGUUUAUCUUUGCACCAGACUUGGGUCAUUGGACAAUGAUGCAUUGUGGGAAAAUGCUUCCUUAACCCAAGAAAUAGUUGUAAGGAAGCUUCCUCCCCCACAAUUACACACAUUACGACCAGACAGCUUUUGGUCAGUCUCUAAGCUGAUUUUGACAGGAGAGAUUUUCCAGACUAAAAUCUUCUCAUCCAAAAACUUUUAUGUUAUUCAUGAAGAACAUUCUUUUCCUGUUUAAAGAAACAUAAUUAAAUGUUAAUUUCCACAGAGCUGAAGUAUUGUUAAAAGCUAAAUGAAUAAGCCCAACCUACAACACCUGGAGGUAUGCUGAACAAUGAAAGAUGAAUUGCUUUGUAUAUAAAUAAAACUUUCAAAAUAAGUGCUCAGCUUGAAUAAAAAAAUAAAUAAGAAUCUCAGCUCA